UAAAGAUGUCUCCCUCCUCUCUCUCUCUAGGUGAUGUUAGCAGAGCGUAAAGGAGCAGACGAGCUGUACGCCGUAAAGAUCCUGAAGAAGGACGUGGUGAUUCAGGAUGAUGAUGUGGAGUGCACCAUGGUGGAGAAGAGGGUCCUGGCCCUGUCCGGGAAACCUCCCUUCCUCACACAGCUCCACUCCUGCUUCCAGACCAUGGACAGGUUAUAUUUUGUGAUGGAGUAUAUCAACGGAGGAGACCUCAUGUAUCAGAUCCAGCAGGUCGGCAAGUUCAAGGAACCCCACGCUGUUUUCUAUGCUGCAGAGAUCUCCAUCGGCCUCCUCUUCCUCCAUUCCAAAGGCAUCGUUUACCGGGAUCUGAAGCUAGACAACGUGAUGCUGGAUGCAGAAGGCCACAUUAAGAUCGCGGACUUUGGGAUGUGCAAAGAGAACAUGUUAGACGGUGUCACCACCAAGACGUUCUGUGGGACCCCAGACUACAUCGCUCCUGAGAUCAUAGCGUACCAGCCCUAUGGGAAGUCCGUGGACUGGUGGGCCUUUGGAGUUCUGCUCUACGAGAUGCUGGCUGGACAGCCUCCGUUCGAUGGUGAGGACGAGGAUGAGUUGUUUCAGUCCAUCAUGGAGCAUCACGUCUCCUACCCCAAGUCCAUGUCCAAGGAGGCUGUCGCCAUCUGCAAAGGGUUGAUGACUAAGCACCCAGGGAAGCGUCUGGGCUGUGGUCCGGAGGGGGAGAGGGAUAUAAAGGAACACGCUUUCUUCCGUUACAUGGACUGGGACAAACUGGAGAACAAGGAAGUCCAGCCGCCCUUCAAACCCAAAGCUUGCGGUCGCGAAGCAGAGAACUUUGAUCGUUUCUUUACCCGCCACCCCCCAGUCCUGACCCCCCCAGACCAGGAGGUCAUCAUGAACCUGGACCAGGAAGAGUUCCAGGGGUUCUCAUUCGUUAACCCAGAGUACCCGGACAUGGACUGACCCAUCACAGCGCUGCAUUAGUUUCCAGAUCUCAUAUCAUUUCAUCACCAGGAUAUAGUUUAGGACCAAACGGGUGUAUCCCAGUUGUCUCUCCUCCCUCUUGAGCGUGCACUUGUUCACUACUCCUGAGUGGCGCGGCCGUCUAGUGGCAUCCCAGUGCACGAAGCGUCACUACAGUGCCUGGUUCGAAUCCGGGUCUGUGUCAUAUCCGGCCGUGAUUGGGAGUUCUAAUAAGGCGUCGCACGAUUGGCCCAGCGUCGCCCGGGUUUGGCCGGGGGGGGGGUAGGUCGUCAUUGUAAAUAAUCAUUUGUUCUUUAGCUGACUUGCCUCUAGUUAAAUAAAGAUUAAAUACAUUUUUUUUUUUAUAAACACAAAUGUUAAAAAAUUAUUGGUAUUAACCUGGAUUAGAGUUUCCAUUUUACCACCCAUUUCCUUUCAAGUGAGGAAGUGUGUACUUUGGGAGGAAGGGG